AUGACCAUUCAAGUCGGCCCACGUGCAUUCGCUCUUCCCUUAUUACAUGCAGCAAAGCAUCCUGAAGCUCUUGUUUGUGGUGUCUUGCUUGGCCAAGUCCAUGCGGACGGCUCACUUGACGUCAAGACCGGCAUUCCCUUCUUCCACCAUUGGACCUCCAUGAGCCCCAUGCUUGAGAUUGCCCUUCAACAGGCGGAAUUGGCAGCCAAGCAACUCGAUCUCAAAGUUAUCGGUUGGUAUCAAGCAAACGCACGCAACAAAGAUAAUGCUCUUCACGAGAACGCCGUACGCGUCGCCAACGUCAUAAAAAAGAAUUCUGGAGAUGCUAUUGUAUUCAUGGUGAACAAUGAUAAGAUGGGACAAUUGCAUGAUAUCAAGGAUGGCAGUGUCAUUUCGCCGUAUAUUUUUCGAGAGAACCAAUGGAGAGGCGUCAAGCAAGCUUUUUCCAAGGAUAGCGAAGUGGUGCUCAGCUAUGAAGAAACCUAUCCAAAAGUACGCGGCAUGUUUAGCUCGGGAUCAUAUAACCGCCUUGUCGAUUUCGAUGAACACCUUGAGGAUGUAUCAUUAUCAUGGUUAGAAUACUGUCAAUCAACUUAA